AUGGGUGCUGGUCAAUCCACACAAACAGGGUCCACACCACCCUCUCGUGCUCUGCAUGUUCUCCGUGUAACACCUUCGUCUCCCGCUUCGCACACCAAUAUCGAGCCAUUCUUCGAUUUCGUAGUCGGGUUUGACUCCGGCGAUGCAUCGAUGAGUGGAAAUAUCGAUGCAGGACAGCUGGAGAAGAUUGUUGAGAGGCACGAGGGAAGGAUGCUGAAUCUGCUGGUUUGGAGCAGUAAGAAUCAGGAUACCAGAGUCGUCCCAAUAACUCCCUCCCGCGAGUGGUCACAGCUUUCGCCGUCCCAUUCACGGUCGAACUCGAACCAUAACCCGCUCUCACCUCCUCAAUUCCAACCGCAACCUACGAAAUCGCAACCACAACCACAGCCCUCGCUCCUAGGUCUCAGCAUGCGUAUGUGUGAACCUGAAUUCGCAAUUGACAACGUCUGGCAUGUAUUGGAUGUUCUGGAGGGUAGUCCCGCGGAGAGCGCUGGGUUAGUACCCUAUGGGGAUUGGGUCCUUGGGUGGUCAGGAGGAGUUCUGAGUGCAGAGGGAGAUUUCUAUGACGUUGUCGAGGCUCAUAUAGACAAGCCGUUGAGAGUCUAUGUCUACUCGUACGACUUCGACACUAUUCGUGAAGUGGUACUCGUACCAAACCGUCAAUGGGGUGGUGAAGGUCUUCUUGGUUGCGUAUUCGGGUUCGUUAUUUUCCAUAUCCUUUUUUCGAACUCCUUCCUUACCAUACGCUACAAUCGGAAUGGCAUUUGGUCUCUCCUUAUAGCUUUGGUCUUCUUCACCGCAUCCCACCGAUUUCAGAGAACCGUCAGCCAGGGUACAUCCCUCCUGAGCUCCAGGAAAACACAACAGCGGAGACAACCGAAUACGAAGAACAAAACUUGUUUGUCCCCGCUGACGCAUCUUCCUCGCAAUAUGAUUAUGACCAUGAUCACGGAGAAUAUGACGGUCCGGAGUAUUAUUCGUAUUCGAAUAGGGGUGCAGCGUUCGGCCAUGACCAUGAACACCAUGGCCACGAUCACCAUGAGCACGGGCAUGACCACGAUCAUCACAACCACUCUCACGCUCACGCACAACACCAAAAUAUCCGGAACCCCCUUCCAGUAUCAUCGAUGA